UUUUUUAACCCGACAGUUUACAUUCACUGACGUCAUGCUUAAUUUCACCUGAGUUGUACCUGGGGGAUGAUUGCAAGGUAUCAUUCACAGGACCCGGGUUUUGGACAGACCCAACUCUUCAGCCAAGGUGGUGAAGUAAAGACUGUCUGAUAUCUCAGCUGACUUAGUUUACAAAAGCACGAUUUGAUGAUGUCCAACAGCUCGACACACACAGAACUGGGCAGAUGACAAUGAAUGAGUGUGGCUAAUUCUCAUCACGAUCUUAUAAUGUCCAACAGCCCCCCACACGGUGAGGAGCAACACGAUCAGAUUGCCAUCGCGAAGACAGGCGUGGACGUCAAUGACGCCCUGAAAGCCCCGGAUGGUGGAUGGGGAUGGGUGUGUGUGGCAGGCCGCUUCUUUGUGGUGGCCCUGGUCCUGGGACUAAUCACUGGCUUUGGCAUCGUGUAUGUUGAAAUGAUUGACUAUUUCGACACGACGAGAGUUGAGACGGCAUGGAUGAGCUCGUUACAUAGCGCUACAUAUUGUAUAACAGGUCUUGUCGGUGGUGGCCUAAUUGACCGUUUCGGCUGCCAAACGUUGACAGUGACGGCGUCCCUCCUCACCAGUGCCGGAUUCAUCAUCAGCAUGUUCUCACCAAACAUCGUCAUGCUCUGCGUGGUGUACGGCGUCCUGACUGGAACUGGAGUGUCACUGAUGUAUGCUACAUCCACUGUGAUUGUACUUCAAUACUUCGACAAGAGACGGGGGCUGGCCAUGAGUAUAUCCUCCCUAGGGGAAGGAGUGGGUAUGCUAGUGUUACCUCCCCUUACCAACCUCCUGAUAGAGACGUACAGCUGGCGGGGCGCCUUCCUGGUGACUGCAGGAAUCACUCUGAAUGCAGCAGUCUUUGGUCUGCUGUUUGUACCACCACCAUAUCUGCGUAAGGUCUCCCAAAACAAUAUCCAGACCAAAAGUGUUAUGCAGUCCUUUAAACAGCUCCUCAAGAAGAAGCUGUUCUUUGUGUUUGCCCUUAGCUCCUUGUUGGUGCACGUUGGUUACACAGUGCCGCUGAUCAACCUCAUAGACCUCGUGGAUCUGAAAGGCAUUGACAGAAGCCAGAGCGCCAUGUUGGUGCCCGCGAUGGGUAUAGCCACCAUCUUCUCCUUGGUCCUGUUUGGUUGGGUCAGUGACCUACGGAAGGUCAACCGGACCGGGUUGCAUGCCGGGACCAUUGCUGUGAUGGCGGCUACAGUGUUCGUGGUUCCGUCGCUUGACUCUAUAGUUGCAUUUUUCCUGUUUGCGGCAGUGUAUGGAGUAUUUAUGGGGGCUUGGCACAUGGGGCAGGCGGUCAUCGUGACUGAUAUUGUCGGUGUUGAACUCACGGGAGUGGCCUUUGGCGUCCAUUCCUUGCACGCCGGUGUUGGGAUGUUCCUGUCAUCUCUUCUAGCAGGCUGGCUGUAUGAUAUCACCGGUGAUUACAUCUUACCUUUCUACAUGUCGGGAGUCUUGUACCUUCUCGGCUGUGUCGUCACGGUGGUGGUGGUCGUGGUGCGCCAUCUGGCGGCAGGGAAGGAGGUCGCACGUAACCCGCCAGUCGAGAUGCAUCCACUGUCACAGUCGUAGAUACUUACACAGAUUUGUUAGUUAUUGAGGUCGCUGGAUGGCAGAAGACAAUACACUGGAUCUCAUGUUCAGACUAUGAGAUCUUACGGAGUUUUCACUUAUUUAUUUACAGAGGAAAUAGAGAUAUCUCACCGGUGUGUCUUUUGAUAUAAAAUAUACGAACGCUAAUCGAUUAAAAUUUAAAAUUGCGAGGCUUGGAGAGUGUAGCUAUAUUUAUAAUAAAUACACAAACGUGAA